UCUUCUCCACCGGUCCUACCCCUUACCUCCCAAGAUCACAAUCCUCUGCUCCUUAUAUAUUAGCCACACCGCUCGUUCCCUGCUGCACCGGGUGACACACAGGCACAAAGACACCGCCCGUACACAGGCUCGUUGGCUUGGCUGCUGUGUGUUGCGCUCAGCCAUUCAGACUUGAGAGCUACUAGCUAACUGCUCGUUGGGUGUGGGUGCGCUCCCGGCCUAGACCGUGGAGGAAAGGAGUCCAGUCCACUCACUACCCCCUCUGCUCCGUUCGGGUUCCAGGCCAGCACAGCCGAGGGUUCCGCACAGCGAUAAGCGCGAAGCGGAAGAGAUGGAGCAUAUCGCCAGGUUCUUCUUCGGAGUUUCUGAUCUGUCUCCCCAGGGAAUGUCAUUGCGCUCUUCCUCUUCCUGUCGCCUGUUGUCACCUUCUGGAGGGUCAUCAGGAAGCGGUCGACGGAGGACUUCUCCGGCGUGCCCUACAACAUGACGCUGCUCAACUGCCUCCUAUCGGCUUGGUACGGCCUGCCGUUCGUGUCCCCGAACAACAUCCUGGUGUCGACGAUCAACGGGACGGGGUCGGUGAUCGAGGCCAUCUACGUGGUGAUCUUCCUCAUCUUCGCGGUGGACCGGCGGGCCAGGCUCAGCAUGCUGGGCCUCCUGGGCAUCGUCGCCUCCAUCUUCACCACCGUGGUGCUCGUCUCGCUGCUGGCCCUCCACGGCAACGCCCGCAAGGUCUUCUGCGGCCUCGCCGCCACCAUCUUCUCCAUCUGCAUGUACGCCUCGCCGCUCUCCAUCAUGAGGCUGGUGAUCAAGACGAAGAGCGUGGAGUUCAUGCCGUUCCUGCUCUCCCUGGCCGUGUUCCUGUGCGGCACCUCCUGGUUCAUCUACGGCCUCCUCGGCCGCGACCCCUUCAUUAUUAUCCCGAACGGGUGCGGGAGCUUCCUGGGCCUGAUGCAGCUCAUCCUGUACGCCAUCUACCGGAAAAACAAGGGCCCCGCCGCGCCGGCCGGCAAGGGAGAGGCCGCCGCCGCCGCCGCGGAGGUGGAGGACACCAAGAAGGUGGCCGCUGCCGUGGAGCUGGCCGAUGCCACGACCAACAAGGCAGCGGACGCCGUCGGCGGCGACGGCAAGGUCGCCAGCCAGGUGUAGGCGGGCAAGGCUUAUUUGCUGUCUGGGACUGGGAGGAACAUCCUAAACGAGGCUGCCUUAGUUUGUCGGUGGAGCAGAUUGGUGUUGGUUUCUGUGGGCUUUUACGGUUGUUGUUACUCUCAUCUCCAUCUCUCCCAGGAGGCUACCCCAAGCAUGUAGUAGCUUCCAUUCUGAUUCUGGGACGGUGUUGCACGUUACAGUGCUCUCAAGCUGUCUCUGCAAAGUGUGUUUUUUUAUUCCAUUUCCCUCCUGCUCUUGUUCUCCAACUGCGCUUACCUGCCCCCGAUUUCUCUAAAAAAUGUAUUAAACUAUCUGAGAAAUUCAUCCAACUGCGAGUA